AUGUCAUUAAAAUGCAUAAUCAAAUUCCUCUCCUUAAUUUUCUCCUCUCCUCUCUCCCGAGACUAUGCAGCCCUGCCCAGUCUGCUGCUGGUACUGCUUGGUCUGCUAGUGGCAGCUAGCGGAUGUCCCACAGUGUGCAUCUGCAAAAGCAAUGGCACAGACUGUACAGGCCUGGCUCUGCUCUCGCUAACCACCGUCCUGCCCCUGCUGCCCCAUGACACCCGCACCCUCCGCCUGCCCCACAACAACCUCUCCUCCCUAGGCAAUGGGGACCUGUCCAACCUAAGCGCUCUGGAGCUUCUGGACCUCUCCGACAACCACCUCUCCAGCCUGCAGCCGGGGGCUUUCUCCGGACUCAGCAGCCUCCAGUGGCUCAACCUCUCUGGUAACAACCUGGGUGACUGCCCCCUUCCUACCUCUCCAGAUCCCAGUAACCAGACGGAGGUGACACAGAGUAACGGGAGUCGCUGGGGACUGAGCCGAGAGCUGUUCCAGGGUCUGUGGACACUGAAAGGGCUGGACUUGUCCCUGAAUGGCCUGGUUGUUCUGCCCAAGGGCCUGCUGGACGAGCUCCAGGGCCUGGCCUGGCUGUCUCUGGCUGGAAACAAGCUGCAGAGCUUGGACAGAGCUACCUUCCAGCCUCUGGGCAGCCUGUUGAGCCUCCAACUGGCAGGGAACCCAUGGGAGUGUGACUGCAACCUGAGGGACUUCAAGCACUGGAUGGAGUGGAUGCUGUACAGACGUGAGUGUUAUGUUGUGUAUUGAAAGGCUUUAAGGUUACAAUGUUUCAUGUACAGUCAAGUCAUUUCGCCUUCGUUCCAUGUCAUGUACUAGUUUGAUGCUGUAUUAAGUCUGUAAAUGAGAUUGAUUAGCUAUUGAUAGUGUUAAUGAUCCACUGCAUUGCUCGCUGUGUCUCAGACGGGCAGGUGGAUGCUGUGAAGUGCAACCUCCCCAAGGAGCUGAGGGGGAAAGACAUCCGCAGCAUCCCUAUAGAGAUGUUCAACUACUGCCUGCAGCUGGAUAACCAGGACAGGGUCCCCGGCUACGACGGGCCUCGAGGAGGACGCCCACCCUGCUUCGGUCUGAUUAACGGGCCCAUGAACGGGCCCCAAAUCAACCAAGAAGACUGCGUGCGCCAGCGCUACCGGCCCAUUAGCGUGCGCAGGGCCUGGGGGACUCAGAUCGUGGCGGCGUGUGUGUGUGGCGUGGUGUGCGUGUUGAUGGUGGUGGCAGCAACCUACGGCUGUAUCUAUGCCUCUCUCAUGGCCAAGUACCAGAGGGAGCUGAAGAACAGAGGGCAGCCGCUGAUGGCGGGGGAGGGAGGGGGGGAGACAGACGCUGAGGACGGAGCUUGUCUGUCCUCCCCAAUGUCACCAGAUGAGCCAGAACUGAAGGAGUCCAGCCCGAUAGUCCACGGAUACAGAAUAACAGGCUUUUGA